AUGGGCGCCGCCGCGUGGGCACCGCCACACCUGCUGCUGCGGGCGUCUUUCCCGCUUCUGCUGCUGUUGCUGCCGCUGCCGCUCCGCGGGCGGUCGGCAGGCUCCUGGGACCUGGCCGGUUACCUGCUCUACUGCCCUUGCAUGGGGCGCUUUGGGAACCAGGCUGAUCACUUCUUGGGCUCCCUGGCAUUUGCAAAGCUGCUGAACCGCACCUUGGCUGUACCUCCGUGGAUUGAGUACCAACAUCACAAGCCUCCCUUCACCAACCUCCAUGUGUCCUACCAAAAGUACUUCAAACUGGAGCCUCUCCAAGCCUACCAUCGGGUUGUGAGCCUAGAGGACUUCAUGGAAAAUCUGGCACCCUCCCACUGGCCCCCUGAGAAGCGGGUGGCAUACUGCUUUGAGGUAGCAGCCCAACGAAGUCCUGAUAAGAAGACAUGUCCCAUGAAGGAAGGAAAUCCUUUUGGACCAUUCUGGGACCAGUUUCAUGUGAGUUUCAAUAAGUCAGAGCUGUUCACAGGCAUUUCCUUCAGCGCCUCCUACAAAGAACAGUGGAUCCAGAGAUUCCCUCCAAAGGAGCAUCCAGUGCUUGCACUGCCAGGGGCCCCAGCCCAGUUCCCUGUCCUGGAGGAACACAGGGAGCUCCAGAAGUACAUGGUAUGGUCAGAUGAGAUGGUGAGGACAGGGGAAGCCCAGAUCAGCGCACACCUUGUCCGGCCCUAUGUGGGCAUUCAUCUGCGCAUUGGCUCCGACUGGAAGAAUGCCUGUGCCAUGCUGAAGGAUGGGACUGCAGGGUCACACUUCAUGGCUUCCCCUCAGUGUGUGGGUUACAGCCGCAGCACAGCGACCCCCCUCACCAUGACCAUGUGCCUCCCUGACCUGAAGGAAAUCCAGCGGGCUGUGAAGCUUUGGGUGAGAGCACUGAAUGCCAGGUCGGUCUACAUCGCCACAGACUCUGAGAGCUAUGUAUCAGAGAUCCAGCAGCUCUUCAACAACAAGGUGAAGGUGGUGAGCCUGAAACCCGAGGUGGCCCAGAUCGACCUGUACAUCCUUGGCCAGGCUGACCACUUCGUUGGAAACUGUGUCUCCUCGUUCACUGCCUUUGUGAAGCGGGAGCGGGACCUCCAUGGGAGGCAGUCAUCCUUCUUUGGCAUGGACAGACCCUCCCAGCUUCGGGAUGAAUUUUGAUCCCAUCUGGAGUCCCCCAACCAGGCUUGGCUGCUAAGGUUGCUCCUGGGACUGGACAUGCUCCUUUUCUCUCCUGUCAGAGAUGGAGAACAAUACCAAGGACUUCCCAGAAGAGAAGGCAUUCCAUCCCAGGCAUUGGCUCCCAUGCCCCACAGCCAGAGCCACUCUGAGCUGUGUGUGCUUCCAGAGAACUUGCACAUACGAAGCAGCCCACCUCUAGCCUGGGGCAUGCCCUGCUGUGAGUGGGCUGCAGUGCUCUCUCUUGAGCAGUUACUUUAUAAAGAGGAAGAUUUUUUUUUAUAGGGUUUCUUGGUUUGGGGUUUGGGGGAGGAACAAAGGGGUAAGGUUAAGAUGAUCUCUUAUAGCCCAGGCUGGCCUUGAACUCCUGGUCCUCCUGCCUCUACCUCCUAAGUGCUGAGAUUACAGGUGUCUACCGUGACACUCAGUUGAUCUCUGUAUUUUUGAUGCAAAGCCAUGACUACCUGAAAACUCCCCUUUUUUUAAAAAAUCAGUGGAAUCUAUUAGCACAGUUACCUAAAGUGACCUUAUAAAUGCAGACAGAGCCAAGGAGCAGGUGGGCCUAUUGGUUGCUUAUCCAGGGGUCCCCCAAAGGGCCUACAGACUUUCCCACUGCCAGGCCCAGUCACUGUCAUCCCUGGGCUCCUCUGUUGUGAACACAACAAGCAGGAGUCAGCAGUCGUGUGGUACAGUGCUCUGAGGACAGGUACAUGCUCGCACAGUGUGUGGCAGUGUAGCCUCAGCUCAUCACUGCCCUGGUGAGCCUGGCAGGGUGCUCUGAAGGCUACUGUCUGUAAGACCCUCCCAGCCUCUGCUCUGUGGUCUCAGCCCUCAGCAGCUAUUCCCCACGGACUGCUCACCAAGCCUCUGACAAGUUCACACAUAGAGGCCAUGUGAACCCCCAGCCUGGGAGCAGUCUUUGCCUCUCCAGCCAGUGCACUGCCUUCCAGUGUGGUGAGGGCCUUCUGAUGCUGCCGUUCUCCUUUGUAAGAAGUGAAUUCUAGGUGAAAUGAAUUCAGUGGUUCUAGAGUCUGCCUUGUACAGGGACAUUUAGAGGCUGGAGCCCCAGUGGGUGACCUUGCAGACCAUCCUGAUUGGCACAGUAUUUCUGAAGAGUAGGUUCUGGGGCUCUUGUCUGUGGCAAACACUGUACUCUUUGACCCAGUUUCUCCCCUGUAAGUGCUGAGUCUGGUGGGUUAUAAGCUUCAAGUCAGCUAGUGAGAGUUGUAAACCUGGAACAGAACAAGACCCCUAUGUGGCCGUUGUAGAGUUUAACAACAGUUAAACAGUUACCAGUUUUCCCAGGCUAGGCACUGUGCUGGUGCCUUAUGGUUAUCCUCUUAUUAGUUUGUCCCUGGUAUUAUCAAUUUUCUUUCUGAAAAAAAAAAAAGAAAGAAAGAAAAAGAAAGGGGAGAGAGAGAAAGAGAGAGAGAGAGAGAGAGAGAGAGAGAGAGAGAGAGAGAGAGAGAGAGAGAGGAAAAGUGAAUGCUCAGAGAAAUUUUCUCCCAGGGCUGCACAGCUGUGGGUGGUAAGCCAGACCCGACCUAAGGAGUCCGUUCUGUCAGCCACUGGGCUCUGGGUGUUGCCUCCCAGGACACAGUGUGCACUGAAGGCCACCCUGACUGCCUCUGCAUAUUGCUAUUGGCUUCUGCUGCCAGCCUAGUAGGAAGCGGCAUAAGAAACAGGAAGCCCUGGAUAGUUCUGGAUAGUUAGUUAUAGUACCUGAUUUCAUUCAGGAAAUGUUUACUGAUUGCCUACUGUGUGCUAGGAAGGAGGGUUGCAGCUAAGAAAGUCUCAGGGGAUCGGGACUGCCAUCAGAAAGGAAAACAGCAUGGUGCUGUGAAGGGGAAGUGCCCUGAGGAAAAGCCAAGGGCUUUUUUUUUUUUUCCAGGGCACAGGGAGCUCUGUUAAAGGGAUCUCCUUAAGGAGUGAAGGGGAACUUCCUCAGCUAAGCACAAGCUUUCCAGCAGCAAGCAUGACACGUGCCAAGGCCCUGAGGAGGCAAAGGCAGGAUUGGGCGCAGCAAGGGAACAUCUGUAGAUGACAUCAUCUCAUGGAUUCACUUUGUUUGGGACCAAAGAGAGAUGUGACCUAUUUAUGAGGACCCUGUACUUGUGCUUGAAGAAGUAGGAGAGGGGGAGUAGAGCAGAGGCUGGUGCUGCCUGUGGGUGAGAGGCUAGGCCAUUGUGCUGGAGGUGGAGGAAGAGAUCACAUUCUGAGUGCAUCAAGUCAUUUUUGUAAUUCAGUCUCUUUUUAAAGAUACCAGUCUACAUAACCGUGCAGUGUAUACUUAAUGUCUUGGUCUCUUUUUUUUUUUAACAUAACCACACAUUAUAUUUUCCCUGUGUGAACAUAGCUAAUAGAUGCUUUUAAUUAUGUAAACUUCCACUGAGGGGUGUUUCGUAGUUUGUGAUUCAUCUUCUGUGAGAUCAAUUCCCAGCUGUAACUAUUGUUUUUUUCCAAGACAGGGUUUCUAUGUGUAUCCUCCACUGUCUUAGAACUACUAACUCUGUAGACCAGGCUGGUCUCUAGUUCGCAGAGAUCACCUACCUCUGUCUCCUGAGUUUCUGGGAUUAAGUGAGCACCACCAUUGCCCAGCUGCUGUUGUGAUUUGAAAACUACUGCCUACAAUGGUUUUUCUUUAAGAUACAAAUUAUGAUAAAUUCCCAGAAGUGGAUUGUUCAAUACAAGAAUUUAGAUGAUAAGAAAAUUCAACUGUGCUCAAAAAUUGUGACUUUAAAACACUGAGCUCAUGUUGGGCGGUGGUGACGCACCCCUUUAAUCCCAGCACUUGGGAGGCAGAGGCAGGCGGAUUUCUGAGUUCGAGGCCAGCCUGGUCUACAGAGUGAGUUCCAAGACAGCCAGGGCUACACAGAGAAACCCUGUCUCAAAAAACCAAAAACAAAAAAAAACAAAAAAAAAACCCUGAGCUCACAGUAUUAACAAUUCAUUUUAUCAGCUAGCUUCAUUUAUUUCCCACUCCUAGUCUGUCUGGAGACUUCUGUUGUUUGUUUUAUUUUGUACUUUGUGGUAGGGUCUUCUGUUGGCUAGUCUGGCCUGGCAAUCUUGAUGUAGCCCAAGCUUAUCAUGAAAUCCUAAUCCUCCUGUCUCAGCCUCACAAGUGCUGUGAUUACAGUUGUGAGUCGUCUCACGUUGAUUCCUCAUGAUCUUUAAAUGAAUCUUCACGGAUGCCCAGGGAAGUGCCAACAGGAUCUGCUGUAGUGAGGAAGGAAGCCUGAGCCCCAGGAGGAGGUCGAGCUCAGGCAGGCCUGUUCUCUCCCAUGCUGCUUCUCAGAUUCUAGGUGAAGAGGCAGUGAGUGUCUUCUCUGUGGAGUCCUGCAGGACAAGGCACUGAAUGCCCCCAGGAACAUGCAUUUUUACAAGCUCCUGUAAAGGCCCAAGGCCUACAGUAUAGUAUCAUCCAGAUAUAAAAUCCCAGUUGAGUCGUUUAGAUCCAGCCUGUACUCUCAGCUACUUUGGAGGUUGAGACAGAAGAAUCACAUUCUAGGCCUACCUGGCAACUUAGGUGAGAGACUGUCUCAAAAUAAUAAGACUUGAAAAAGGUGGGGUGUGGUUGAGUUGGCCGAAUGCUUGAUCACCACAGCACAGCCCUCAGGAGUACAGGAAAAAGUAUCCCAGUUACACAGGAUGCAGUGUCUUGGCCACACUGGCCUGACAACAAAGGGGGGACUUGGGAACAAGCAUUUGGGUUCUGUUUUGGCUGGUUUUUGUCAACACAAACUGGAGUCCUCUGAGAGGAGAACCUCAGUGGAGAAAAUGCCCCUAUCAGAUUGUCCUGUAGGCAGACCUGUGGGGAAUUUUCUUGAUUGGUAAUUAAUAUUGAAGGGCCUAGCCCAUUAUGGAUUAGGCCCUUUGAACAGGCGGUCCUGAGAUGGACAAGGGAGUAAAUGGAAGGCUGGGUGUGGUGUCGCUUUUAAUCCCAGGACUGGGCAGGCAGAGGCAAGUAGAUCUCUGUGAGUUCAAGGACAGCCAGGUCUACAUAGUUCUAGGACAGCCAGGGCUCGAAGGAUCUGGAGCAAACCAGUAAGCAGUGCUCCUCCAUAAUCUACAUCAGUUCCUGUCUUGGCCUCCCUUCAUGAUGGACCAUAAAACCUGUAACGUGAAAUAAAGCCUUUUCCCACUGUGUUA